AUCUUGCGAGAGUGAGGAGCGAUCACGUGCUCCUGUUGACUGCAAGUACACGUCAGCGCUAAAGACCUCCUCAUUCUCACAGCACUUUCUCUUCCUGUUUGCAACUUUGUUGCACAUGACACUUUAUCUGGAACGAUGUUCGUGUUUCACCUGUGAAAAUGUCCGGAUUAUGCCCACCACAGACGUGUAACAGCAGUACAUGACCCACAGUUUGCUUUCCAUGCUGCUUUGACAUUGAAAAUGAGGUUACGGUUGUUGAAAAAGAACUUUAUUGUGUUCCUCGUCAUUUUAAUUGUCUUUAUAAUGUUGUUUUAUUCCAUUAAACGGACUAAAGAGGAUACAAACGUGGUGGUGACUGAAAAAGACAGCACUCAGGCUACUGUACUAAUGGGGAAAUUUGAGUACAGCAACAUCCAGGAUAUGAGGAAGUUCAUCUAUGACAGCAACUACAAGCAGUUUAUUCACAACAGAGACAAGUUUCCAUUGGAGCCGGAGAUGGUGGUCGUCGUUCAAGUCCACAAUCGUCCGGCGUACCUCAAAAUGCUCAUUCAAUCCCUGGAAAAAGUCAUUGGCAUACAAAACACGCUUCUGAUAUUCAGCCACGACUAUUUCUCAGAGGAAAUCUCUGAUGUGGUCAAGGGAAUCACUUUCUGUAGGGUCCUCCAGAUCUAUUUCCCAUACAGCACUCAGCUGUAUCCCAACGAAUUCCCAGGACAAGAUCCUCGAGAUUGUCCGAGAGAUAUUUCAAAGGAGGAUGCCAUUAAAAAGGGAUGUUUGAACGCGGCGCACCCGGAUUCGUACGGACACUACAGGGAAGCGUCCAUCACUCAAACCAAACACCACUGGUGGUGGAAACUGCAUUUUGUGUUCGAAAGAGUGCGGGUUCUUCUGGGAUACAACGGAUACGUCGUGUUCAUCGAGGAAGACAACUAUCUUCUCCCUGAUUUCCACACAUACUUCAAAUCCAUGACCGAGCUUAGGAAAACCAGCUGCGGGGACUGCGACGUCCUCGCGUUAGGAAACCACAACGGUUUAUCCGGAUUUCACGAGUUUUCCAGCAAAACCGAGACGACAUCAUGGCUGUCCACCAAGCACAACAUAGGAAUGGGAAUCUCCAGAGAGCUCUACUAUAAACUGAUGGGAUGCAACAAUGCGUUCUGCACCUAUGAUGAUUAUAACUGGGACUGGACCCUCCAGAACUUGUCUGGUACGUGCAUCUCAAAACCCCUGAAGGUCCUGGUGGCUCGUGGAAGCCGGGUUCUUCACACGGGCGACUGCGGCCUGCAUCAGAAAGAGGAUUGUCGGCCUGAAAUGGCUCAGGAGAGGGUGGAUUCGGCACUUAAAGAGGCACAUUCGGCACUUUUCCCUCCUGCACUCACACUGACGGACCACGGGGCGGUGGAGCAUCAUCCUCACCAGAAGAACGGAGGCUGGGGGGACGUUCGCGAUCACACGCUGUGCAUCAACUACGCAGCUCGACUUUGAGCUGGACGCUUCACUGUGUGCCAUUCAGAAUAUCAGGGUUGCAGG